AUGGCGGCAGCAGUCUGCACGCUGAGCCACAGCACGAGCGCGCCACCGCAGUUCUACUUCGACGAGAAGUGGAAGCUCUCCAAGAAGGAGUCCUCCUCCAGGAGCUCUCGAUCUUGUACCGGCGCUCCCGCCGCCGUUGCGCCGCUGAUGAGGAAUUCUUUCUCCUCGUCGACGACGUCGUCGUCGCACAGGAGGUGCUCGUUCACGAGGAAGUGCGCCAGGCUGGUGAAGGAGCAGCGCGCUAGGUUCUACAUCAUGCGGCGGUGCGUCACCAUGCUCAUCUGCUGGCGCGAUUACAGCGAUUCUUGA